AUGUCGCCAUCAAUACGACGAACAACCUGGAUAAUACUCUUCCUGUCGGCAUUCGCUCUGUACUUAGUAACUACAUCGUAUUUAAGCCAGUCCCUGAUUCAGCCUAACGAAAAUAAUAGCGAGUUUGUUGACGACGAAUUCUUUGAGGAAUACGAAGAGAAUGAGGACGAAGUGCGUUACCUCACUUAUCUACCUCACAGUGGUUUCCAUAACCAACGCAUAGCACUUGAAAAUGCUUUGUUCCUCGCCUGGGCAACAAACAGAACUCUUAUAAUGCCACCGAUUGUACUAGGUAGCAGGAUACCGUAUCAGCCCUUUCCCCGUCUAUUCAAACUUUUGGCUUCACUCAAUCCAAAGCAAAAGCAGGCAUUACCAGACUGUUCUGAUUUAGUAGGCGCACAUCUUGCAUCUUGUUUGAAGACCUACAGGAAAUUAUUUUUUACUUUCUUACAAUGGGACGAAUUAAUGGACUUGAGUGCAGCAAGGGAUAAAGUACGUAUCAUCAACAGAUACGACUUUAACAUAUCAAAUCUUUAUAAAACGCUGAAUUUCACUGAGGAAGAUGUCUACGUGCUCGAAGACCAAGUCCUCUACAGUUUUCAGAUUUACGACAAUCCUAAUAGCAGUAUACGCUCAGACAAAUUCAAAGAUCGAGUCUCAUUAAACAGUAUAAGGAAGCGCCAGGAGAAGCUUUUGCACUUUUCUAGUCUAUUUAGUUCAUCUCGAAUUGUAGCUGAAAUGCCCGAGAACCGUGAAAUCCUUGACUUUAUACGACGAAACAUGGUUAUAUCGCAUCCAGUGUUGACCAAGGUUGUGGAUAAGAUAGUAGAAGAGUUGGGAGGUCAGGGUAGUUAUGUUGGUGUUCAUAUUAGAGUCGGUGACGGAUUUUUUAAGAAACAAUUGGCCAAUACCGUUGCGACUAUGACUGACAAACUGUUGCGUGAGUAUGGGCCGGCGUCAUCAUCAGCCGAGAUAUCUGACUCUGUUCAGACGGUGUCUAAAGAGCGAGGAUUUAAAGAAAGCGGCAGCCUGUCAUCAUGUUCUUCACAAAACAGCAACUAUCCGGUCCUUUACUUGGCCACUGAUUCUGCUCAAGCCGAAGAAGACCUUGCAGGAAUACUUUCAGCGUUUCCGUGUGUCUUUAUGUUAUCGGACUUUAACUCAUAUCUUGAUGAGGUCAAACAAAUUGUUAAUCCAAUCGAUCAUGUUAAUUUGCAAGAAUUUUUUGUUCCGUUAAUAGAUUUAAUGGUGGUUGCUAAGGGAGGGAGAUUCAUAGGAACACAUAGAAGCACAUUCUCUAAUUAUGCUAGCCGUUUACAUGAAGUGUGGGUUGGCGAUGAUACGGAUGGUUUUAGUUAA